AUAGGAAAACAUCAAUAAUAUCUCUUAAAGAAACUAUUUGAAACCUUUAUAUAAACGUAAUGUAAUUCCUUACAGUUUAAUCUUUUAGAGAACACAAAAAGUUUGCUUAAUCUGCUUAACUGACAGUCUAUUAAGGGAAAAAAUUUCAGUUUUAGUUUUCUGUGUAAUUGUUAUUUUUGUCCAACCACUCCCUAGAUUAUAAUGAUUAAAUUGUGGACAUAACCCGUUCCUUCCUCACUUCCUUCAGAGUACUAGUUGAACAGCUCGAAAGGGUGAAUAUCAGUCAAAUGGAACAUGAUGGACAGAUUGCGUUCUGGAUCAAUGUGCAUAAUGCUCUUGUGAUGCAUGCAUAUUUAGCAUAUGGAAUUCCCCAGGGUUCUCUGAAGAGGCUGGCCUUGUUUCACAAGGCUGCUUACAAUAUUGGUGGUCAUAUCAUAAGUGCAAAUGCCAUUGAACAAGCAAUAUUUGGCUUUCGAACCCCCCGCAUUGGACGGUGGCUCGAAAGCUUUGUGGCUGCAGCUCUGAGGAAGAAAAAUGGUGACGAAAAGCAGUUUAUCAGCUCAAAAUUGUAUAUUAAUGAUUUUCAACCCCUUGUUUGUUUUGCCCUUUGCACCGGGGCUUUGUCUGAUCCUGUGCUAAAGGUCUACACUGCAUCAAAUAUAAGAGAACAGCUGAAUUUUGCCAAAAGGGAGUUUCUUCAAGCAAAUGUAAUUGUAAAGAAGUCAAGCAAAGUUUUUCUCCCUAAAUUGGUGGAAAGAUUUUCUAGAGAAGCGUCAAUCAGUCUAGAUGAUCUCCUUGGAUGGGCAAUGGAAAGUGUUGACAAGAAACUCCAUGAUUCAAUACAGAAGUGCCUUGGUCGUAAAUCCAAUAAAAAGUCAUCUCAGAUCAUCGAAUGGAUACCUUAUAGUUCUCGGUUCAGGUACAUGUUGUCGAAGGAUCUAAUAGACAAGCCAUGGUGGGUAUGAUUAUGACAUCUUACUGCAAUGAAGAGGUCAUUUACUUCUUUUAGACUUCACUGUUCUGAGGAAAGCGAGGAAGCUAAUUGUAGGUGUUCAUAGAAAUUUCUUGUACAUUUUAACACUAAUUUUUUCUUGUGUUAGAUUUGGUACUUACUAUCUAAAUAUUUUUAUAAAUGUAGCCGCCUAACUUGGAAGUUGUAGAAUAUAAUAAUAAACGGUAAUAAGUUCUUGGUGGAUGUAGGUGAGCAAAAGUAUAGAAAUGUUGAUCACACUACUACCAUAUAUGGUUAAUUUUUUCUAUCCUAAAA